AUGAAGAAGAAUAAUGAGUUUGUAGCUAUCUAUCUAUUUUUAGAGAUAUCAAGAUUGGAGAUGAUCGAUAGAAUUACAAAGAGACAAAAUGAUAUUGCAACUUAUAGAGAUAACUUGAAGAAUGAUACACUUUCAAAUUAUACUCCUAUGGUUGAUACUAGACCACCUGUGUUGGUGAUCAUUGAUAUCGUUAGAUAUGCAUGGGAGAUGGAUAAGAUGACCGACAUGUCAGGAUUUACAACUACUCACUACAAGAGGAAAAGGGGCUAUAAAGAUGAAAGGGUCAGAACACUUGCAAACGACGUAUCACAGCCUAUUGAUAAUAUUGCAUGUGCCAUUAAACAACCUACCAACCUUACCACACAAUGUAUAAUGCUGGUUGGUGUUGCAUUACAACCAUCUAUAGGUGUAGUCAUUCUUCUUCAAGGUAUUACAAAGUUAAGAUUAGUCGAUAUUACAUCACAAUAUGAUCAACUAUUUGAAAGUGUUCUUUGUGCGAUGCCCAACCUAGAUUCACUUGUAUUUGAAAGUACUGAUGGUUAUGCAGAUGUAUAUCGACCAACACUCAAACAACUAUCAUUCAAUGAUGGUUGUCAUGAGUAUUUAUCAAUCCUCAAAAGACACUCUCAACAACCAUGA